AUGAUGCGCUCGAAGGCUCCCUCUGUCCUCGGCAAGCGGCCGCCACGCCGCGAGACGUUCGAGGGCAGCCGCACGCUUCCUCCCUCGCGGGCGCUAACCGACGGCGCCAUUGCCGCGCUGAGCAAAGAGGGAAGGCCGGCGGACGGCACGCUCGAUCCGCCGGCACUGCUGCAGGUGGUUUUCCUGACUCGACAGGAGACUACAACACCAGGCGCCGCGCGGUACCGCCUUCUCCUCUCCGACGGCCGACACACGAGGCCCGUAAUGCUCGCAACAAAUAACCACCACCUAGUCGAGGGCGGCGCUCUUGCACCGAAUGCUCUCGUCCGGCUGCGGGUGUGCAAGAGCGUGAGUGUCGCGGGCAAGUCGCUGCUCAUAGCGAGCGACGUGGAGCCAGCGGGGGAAAACGACGGCGUCCUCGGCACGCCAAGCCCGUGGGAAGAGCGUCCGCGGGAGGAGACGCCGCCACCAGGCAAGGGCGUGGCCACGGGCGGAGGCGGGUCGGUGUCAAGCCUCUUCACGACUGCGGGCGGCGGCGCCGACCUCGCUCCGGCAGAGGCGGAGGCGGUGGCGGCCGCCGCCGCCGCCCUCGGUGCGCGCGUGCACACAAAGGGCGAGAGCCUCCCUCAAGGCUGCUCCCACGUCGUCAUCCGAGAGGGCGCGACGCGGCUGCCGCUGCGCGCCUACUUCGCCGCCGCCGCGGGGCGCGGGUCGCCGCUGCCCGCCGCGACGCUCGCAGCGCUCGUGCGGUGCGCGGGCGGCGAGGCGCUCCUCGACGCCAUCUGCGCGCCCCCGGGGGUGGAGAUCCCGCCCACGUCGGCCGAGGGCCAAGCCGAGGUGGGCGAGGGCUCAGCCGCGGAGGUUGGCGGCGACAUGGCGCGGUCGGAGGGCGAGGAGGGCGAGAGCGAGGACGGCGACAUCUCGGACGAGUAUUGA